CAGUUGUCAGUUCCAAUGUGUUCAUCAACCUUUUCAACGCUCUAAACGGUCAGCACUCAGCACUCACCGCUCGCCUAACCCGUUACCUUUCAAUCACCGGUGCACAUGAUAGCUUAUAACGGCUACCUAGGUACUACUAGCAAGCAAUUGCCAGCAGCAGUGGUGCAUCACACCGGUCUUUAGCUAGCCCUAGGUACUUAUAGGAGCUUGCCUCUAGGAGGUAGCUUAUCCAACUUCGCCAACUUUACCAACUUUACCAACAACACCACACCUUUUUUUUCUACUCGGAUAACCCCAUCGAAAUAACCUAUCUCUAAGGGCUAGAUAGCGCCUACGGGCUAAUAGCCAAGAUGGGGGUAUCUGUGAUCGAAGAGCAACGCGACAUUCUCAUAACUACUAUUAAAAACAUAACUGCCGGUGAUUGGAAAAUUCUAGUCGUCGACAGUGAUUCCAAGAAAAUCAUUGACAAUGUCGUUAAGGAAGAUGAUAUCCUCAAUCAUAACAUUGCGAACAUCGAAAGCAUCGAAGAUCGCAGAGAGAUGAACCCGACCAUGGACGCGAUAUACAUCCUGUCACCGCAACCGCAUAUUGUCGACUGUCUCAUGGCCGAUAUCGAACGCCGAAGGUAUCAAAGGACCUUUCUAGUAUGGACUACCGUGCUCGAUCCCCAGCUAAGGAGACGAAUAGACGGUUCUGCCCUAGCAAAGCAGGCCAUCGCCGGUUUCGAGACCCUGUCCAUCGAUUUCUUCCCCCGCGAAUCGCAUCUUGUCACAUUUCGAGACCCCUGGAGUUUUCCGAUUUUAUACCACCCUUCUUGCAAUGGACUGAUUCGAAAACAUAUGCAAGAUUUAGCUCAGAAGGUUACCGGUUUGUGCGUGACUCUCGGCGAAUACCCAAAGGUUCGCUAUUACCGACCACAGAACCCAAUACAUGAGGCCAGUGUGUUAUCAUCGCAUCUUGCCCGAUUUAUAUCUGAGGAAUUAGACGAAUAUGCACAAUGGAAUCCCAAUUUUCCACCGCCGAGUUCACGUCCGCAAGGUGUCCUCAUAGUGACCGAUAGGUCCAUGGAUCUGAUGUCUCCCCUGAUUCACGAAUUUACAUAUCAAGCAAUGGCGCAUGACCUGCUGCCAAUUAAGGACGGAGACAAGACGACAUUCCACAUGACCGUCAAUGAAGGAUCGCCGGAUGCCGAAGAGAAGGAUAUGGAGCUCACCGACAAGGAUAAAGUAUGGGUGGAGAAUCGACACAGGCAUAUGAAGGAUACCAUCGAUAAAUUGAUGGGAGACUUCCAGAGGUUCUUGGACGAAAAUCCGCAUUUUACCAACGCAAAUAGCGACACGACUAGCUUAAAUGCGAUCAAAGAUAUGAUGGCGGGGUUGCCGCAGUUCCAGGAGAUGAAAGAGGCUUAUUCUCUCCAUCUAACGAUGGCGCAAGAAUGUAUGAACAUCUUUCAACAUCACAAGCUGAACGAAAUGUCACCUAUAGAACAAGACAUGGCUACUGGUCUGGAUGAAGACAAUCGGAAACCCAAAAAUGUACUGGAUACAGUUGUCCGUCUAUUAGAUGACGAUGCUGUGUCACAGUCAGACCGCCUUCGUCUCAUAAUAUUGUAUCUCCUUUAUCGCGAUGGAGUAAUACCCGAAGAUAUCAAGAGGCUCUUAGCGCAUGCAGCACUGCCGCCACAAGACGGCGAAAUCAUAUCAAAUAUGGAAUUACUUGGAGGUCGUACGACACAUGGUCUUAAGGAUGUCCGCAAAGACCUACGACUCUUAUUUCCUAUCGACACGAAAACACCGAUCGCCGAGGAUAAUUAUAUGUCACGGUUUAAUCCUGCGGUGAAGACCAUGUUGGAAUACUUAUGCAGGGGCGCUUUAGAUCAGACCUCAUUCCCCUAUAUCAAGCCCCCGCUAGACCCUAAUGAAGAUGCGCUCAUUGGCCAGGGUUCCUUGCGAGCGGCGAAACCUAGUUGGGCUGGUGCCGGGAGGCGUGUCGUAGAUAAUAGGCAACGCAUCAUUGUAUUUAUGGCUGGCGGGGCGACAUUUUCUGAGUCGCGCUCAUGUUAUGAGGUCAGCGCGGCUAUGAACCGUGAUGUCUUCUUAGCCACUAGCCAUAUGUUAACGCCGCAGCUGUUUGUGAGGCAGGUGGGUGACCUUGGCGUGGAUAAGAGGAGACUUGAUAUCCCCAUGGAAAGGCCGCCCCCAAGAGCACCAGCACACUUAUUCGAGCGCGAACGGCCUACUCCUCCGCCAAUGGGAGCCCCACCAGGACCACCAGGACAGCGCCCACCUCCCGGAGGUGCUCAGAAAGCACCAGUACGACCACCUGGACCAGGUGGAUUACCGGGAGGUCCAAGACUAGCCAGCGAGCCUGCUACAUUACCCACUCAAGCAAUGAGCAGCAUGUCCCUUCACUCCUCCAGGCCAUCUAACGCUAGUGAUAUGACAUCCUCAAGCAGCGGAAAACCUCAAAAGCUAGAAAAGGAAAAGAAGAAGCGGAACAUCUUUGGGAUGAAGAAAGGAUAGUUGAACGAAGAAAGAUUUACAUCGACUAGAAAUAGGAUGGACCUCAAUACGCAGUUAUACAAUGAGAGGCACCCGCCAAAUCAAAUAGAAAAACCUGGGUGCCCUUUCUUGGUUGUUGGCUAUGGUCCUAUCGAGCGCUUGGAGACAGAUCAGACCAAACCAGAUUCCGGAUAGAGUGGAUUGGCGCAUGCAUAUUACAUAUAAACUAGAGCAUGGCGUUGAGGAGUUGACCUACUUGUUGAUAAUCGGGGUCGAUAGAGCGAGCGCUGAGUUGUGUUGAGAUACGUGGUUGCGUAAUUCUGGAUGGUGAGAAAUAAGGAACGGAUUGCCCUCGAGACUAAUCGAGCGAGACCUACUUACAUAACUGACCCUGGGUACCUAUCUGCCUUUCAUAAUGUGCCGGUCGUACUACAGGUCAUAUGA